AUGGGCAGAGUUCUGCUGCUGGAGGCCAGACAACAACAUUGCCUGGCCGGAGGGCUGCUGGAGCUUAUAGGAGUCCUGGAUGAUUGCCAGUGUGAUAUAGAAAGCAUUGAUGACUUCAAUACUUACAAGAUUUUCCCCAAAAUACAGAAACUGCAAGAACGAGACUACUUCAGAUAUUACAAGGUUAAUCUUAAGAGACCGUGUCCUUUCUGGGCUGAUGAUGGCCAUUGUUCUAUUAAAGAUUGUCAUGUAGAACCUUGUCCUGAGAGUAAAGUGCCAAUUGGAAUUAAAGCUGGGAGUGCUAAUAAAUACUCAAAAGCAGCAAAUAACACCAAAGAGUUGGAAGACUGUGAACAAGCUAACAAACUAGGAGCAGUGAACAGUACAUUAAGUAACCAAAGUAAAGAGGCUUUCAUUGAUUGGGCAAGAUAUGAUGAUUCACAGGACCAUUUUUGUGAACUUGAUGAUGAGAGAUCUCCAGAUGCCCAAUAUGUGGAUUUGCUGCUGAAUCCAGAACGUUAUACUGGAUACAAAGGGCCUUCUGCAUGGAGAGUGUGGAACAGCAUCUAUGAAGAAAACUGCUUCAAGCCUCGAUCUGUCUAUCGUCCUUUAAAUCCACUGGCACCUAGCAGGGGAGAAGAUGAUGGUGAAGGCUUCUAUACUUGGCUAGAAGGUCUUUGUCUGGAGAAAAGAGUAUUCUAUAAACUCAUUUCUGGACUUCAUGCUAGCAUCAACUUGCAUCUAUGUGCGAAAUGUCUUCUUGAAGAAACCUGGGGAAAGCCUAGCUGGGGACCUAAUGUAAAAGAGUUCAUUCGCCGCUUUGAUUCUAUUGAAACAAAAGGAGAAGGACUGAGAAGGCUAAAAAACUUGUACUUCUUAUAUUUGAUUGAGCUACGUGCUUUGUCAAAGGUUGCACCAUACUUUGAGCGUUCAAUUGUAGACCUUUACACUGGAAAUGUCAACGAGGAUGCUGAAUCUAAAGCCCUCUUGUUGGAUAUCUUCAGAGACACAAAGUCUUUCACCAUGCACUUUGAUGAAAAGUCCAUGUUUGCAGGAGAUAAAAAAGGGGCCAAAUCACUGAAGGAAGAAUUCCGGCUUCAUUUCAAGAAUAUAUCCCGCAUAAUGGACUGUGUUGGCUGUGAUAAAUGUAGAUUAUGGGGCAAACUGCAGACUCAAGGAUUAGGAACUGCCUUAAAGAUUUUAUUCUCCGAAAGAGAAAUACAGAACCUUCCUGAGAAUAGUCCAUCCAAAGGCUUUCAACUGACACGUCAAGAAAUAGUUGCUCUUGUAAAUGCAUUUGGAAGGCUUUCAACGAGUAUAAAAGAAUUGCAGAAUUUUAAAGUGUUAUUACAGCAUACUAGGUAAUGAAGGCUUUUGCUCAUCCUGGUAGUGAUGACCAUUAAAUGACUGCAUCAAGCAGACAGACAAAACAAUCCUUACAGGACUGGUUAUGAACUGAAAAAAAAAUCAAAUACCAACUUGAAUAUUUAUGUUGUUUCAAAUGGAAAUGGUUAUUAAUUAGAAAAUAUAUUUAUGAAUGACAUGUAUAGUUUUUAAACAUGUAAAUUAUGCUGACCUCUCCUGUCCAGUUUCUCUGCUUAUCAUUUACCAGUAAAUCAGUUUUUUCUUUAGUUCAUUCUUUCAUUCAAAAACAACUGUUUAACAUGAAAUUACUAUACCUUCAUCCUGACUGCAGUGUUGAUGUGAAUAGACUUGCCCUACCACCAAGAGGAAAACACCAGGUGGUCCUCCUUUUUAAAUCAUGGGUAUCAAUAUAUUUUAAGGACCAGAUACUGAGUCUAAUCCUGUAGAAGGAAAUCCUUCUUUUCCUUUCUUAAGCUCUUGCUUUUAUUUCCUUGCAUUAAAUUUUUUUUUUAAAGUGGGAAACUGAAUUGAAUCUGUUUUCUACUGUGACAGCCUUAUCAGCCUGUUGAUGCCAACUAUUUUCUCCACUGUUUGUAAACUUUUAUUUUUUUUAAAACAUACAUGUACAUAACUGCUUUGUUGCUGAUGGAGCAAGAGAGGAAAUAACUUUUACCAAUCCCUUUACUCUGCCUGUGUCUGCUGAGGAGGUUUUAAAAGUUAAGUACUUGCUGCUAGCUGAGGAGCUUGGGUCAAGCUUGCCAUUCAGUCUUUGGUCACAGGUUCAGCGUCCAGAAAUUUUGUGGACUGUUAUAAAAAGUUAAUAUAGCACAUUUGAAGCAGUGGAAAUGGGUUGGCUUGAAUGGGAUUGCUUGUUUGUAGUUCUACAUGAAAAGGGCAGUGCAAAAAAAGAAAAGGUUGUUUAUAGACUUUUAGUGGUAUGUUUAGGAUUUUUUUUAAGUGUGUUGGCAUUUAAUACUGCAUACUUUAUCUAUGCAUUCCCUAACAGUUCCUUUUUAAAAAGGGUAUUCAGCAUACAUAAUGAAACGGGUAUAUUACAGUGAAUCCUGCAUAAAUUGAUUGUUCUGUCGGUGUCAAAAGAGAAUCCAGAGACGGCACUACUGGUUAAUAGCAAUCAAUAAUUGAUGUAAAUCAAAAUUGAAAUAAGUAAAGCAAGGAGAAUAGUAUUUUUAAGCAACUUGUUUAUAAGUUGUAGUAAAUUGUGUUUUGGUGAGGAUAAUUAAUUCAAUAUCAAUGUUUAUAAUGCUGGUACAGUCUAUAGAUGUCUUUAUAGCAUGUUUUAUUUUCAAAAGUAAAAACAGUUUUCACAAAAUGAAUAAAAAGUGCUCUUAAACAUUUUUCAUCUUUAUCAAAGCUUACUCUGACUUGCUUGUUGAUCAUUAAAUUUUAUUUUCCAUAAUGCAGUUCUUUACAGUGCAGAAAGAACUCUUGAAAUCUGGGAUUUUUGUAUUGUGUCCUUCUCUGGUCUUGAGCCACAGGCAAAAUUACUUACUUUUUUCCCAUUAGAAACAAAUUUGCUUAUUGUGCUCAUAACAUUUGCUCUGUGGUGAGGUAAAAGUAGUGUGAAAACUAAAUGGAAAAUUACUUCUGGUGAUAGCUGACUAAAUUAUCAUUGAAACUGGUAUCCAGUUUUUGUAAGUUUUACUGUUAAGACUUAGAGGAAAAAAUGCUAGAACUCAUUUUAAACAGUCUUGAUGCAAUGUUAACGUAAACUAAUGCUAAUUAGUAAACUAAUUUCUCUCUAGGGAGAGAAAUUGCACAUAAACCAGAAUAAAUGUUUGGAAACCAGCUCAUCUGUAACACAAUAGAAGUUCAGUGUACGUAAACGACUUUCAAAAUGGCCGAAACCAGUUUGAGAUAAACCUGGAUGGAAGUAAUAUCAGACUUAAAUCAGUUUAUUGAACUUUUGCCCCAGAUCCCCCUCCCGAUUCAAGUGAACUCGCAGUCCCCCAGCAUCCCAUGAUGCUUUGUACCUCCCCUGCAAGCUCCCCCUUGCUGGGUGGGCAGGCUAGCAUUGGCCCAAGCUGUCUGCUUCAGCCAAACAGGGAGUUGUGCUCUAGCA